ACCCCUCCGAGAUAUUGAAUCAUUUUAUGCUGCACUGACGCCACAAUGAGUGCUCAGCCGUAUUGGCCAACUGAUAAUAGCAACUGAUUAAAUAUAAACUGUCGGUUACAGCUCGCUGAGCCUUUCCGUCCUUUUACUUCAAAGAGAAAUUUGUCAUUUGUUGUGUUUUAGAGCCAUGAGAAAUGUCGCAGUGGACAUUUCAAUUCUCUUUUGCAUGGCCCAUGUCUUGAUGGCAGAUCAGAGGGCACACCCGGGACGGGUACGGAGAGAACAAGCAUCGCGUAAGUUCUUUUUAUUAUAUUUUAUAUAGAACGCUUCUAGCUCAGUAUACUUUUCACGUAACACGAAAGAUGUCAAGGACCCCAUGAGAGCAGUUUGUAGUUCGCUUGAGGUUUAAAGAUGUUAAAAUAAAUUCUUUUCCUGCAAUUGAGCAAGAAAACCUCAAACAGCUUCAAUUUUUGUAUCAAGUCAUUUGGUACGAUUAACUCUAAUGAACAGAGAAGGUACUUCACAUAUAUUAUGCAAGAGGGAUAAAAAAUAUUAUGUUUCAGUGUAAGAUCAAAUCAAAUUGCAGAAACCAGGAGUCACGAUCUCAUUCUGGCUAGCUCGGUUUUCACUAUUCACUUUGUUUUCGUACAGAGAGAAGAUCUGUUGUUUCGGUUUGCACUAUUUUGUUUGCAGAUUAAUUUAUUCAUUCAAUUCACAUUUAUUUGUUUUCUUUUUCUAUUUCUUACUAAUUCAUUAUUUUUUACCGUUGGCAACCUCAUUUUACUAUAUCCCCGCUGAAAUAGCGGAGGAGAAAGUCACUAUCUUGAUAGUAGUGGAUUGCGGUGUUCAACGUUUCUUACUCAAAACUUCUUCAAGCUUCACGUUGAUUCUCCUUACUUAGGUAUAAAAAUGAGCUUGAUUCAACCUCUGCCUCCAGCUACGAAAACCUUAAAAUGAUCUUUAUGCGAACCUUUCGUGACUUUUUUGUUGGUCUCUGUACUGUGACAAUAACUAUAUGCUAUAACAAAAAGGUAAUGAACUUUUUACUUCAAAAGACUGGAGAGAAAACAGAACCUUUCCUCUUUCUCUUCAAACUAAGUAAGCCAGUUGCCCUUACUUUUGGUUUCUAUGUAAAUGUUACUGUAGUUGUUUUUCCUUUGAAUAAACGAUCUUUGUAAGAAAAAGGAAACCAGUACAUUUUUAAUACAUUGUUUAGCAUUUCAUCCAAGUGUUUGCUUAACAACAAUGCCAUAAAGCCUUUCCAGUCUUUUGAUUUGGAAGCUAUUUACCUUGCAGCGACAAAACAACCAAGGCGUAGCAGCAGUGUCUGACUGAUCAUGAAGGUCACCUAAACCACGGGGUGUGGUGGCUAUUCUUUAUAAGCCUAUACGGGGAGGCUCCGCAUGAGAGAGGUUCUUCAGGCAUCAGAUAUUUAAAGGCUUGGGAUUUGAAAGGGUAGAAAAUGUAAAUAAACUCGGUAAUACAGACUUUUAGAUUCGAGGUCGGGAACGACUACGAGUACCAGAUUUGAUUUAAAGGUUUUUCGUGUAUUGUCAAAAAAUAGACACCCCGGAAUUUUUCAUUGUACUUCUAACAUUUGAUAACUUAUUCGCGCCACUACGACACUCUCGCUACGUUUUCCCGCCAAAAUGACGCUGGUUCAAACGUGAGCACUACUUACCAUUUAGAAAAUCUCUUAUACUCGUAGUCGUUCUCGUCUAAGAAUCUAAAGGUCUCUAAUAACGGUUUGGAUCUUGGGGCGGAGCCUACAAACUUCUCCCUCUCUCUUCCAAUCCCAAGCCUACUGAAGUACUGUGUAGCCUUUCCCAGUUUACGUGAGCUUUUGUUUACAUGCAUGAGUACAACACUAAUUCUCCCAUUUCUUUUGCAAGUACCGCCCAAUGCAACAACUGUAAAUACCAAACACAACGACAUUGCUCACUUCACGUGCACAGCACUUGGACAGGAUACCGUCAGAUGGAAAAGAGAGGGAGAAGAUUUGAAAGAGGAGGAUCUUGGGGUCGCCAUCCUGUCCGCACUGAAAAAGCCAGGAUCUUGGGAAAGCCAUUUACUCAUUGCGGUGACGAGCGAAGAUUUGCGAGGAAAAUACGAAUGUUUUUCAAGCGCCGAUUCUAACGCAACCCAGGAAACCUUUUUUAUUGGAAGUAAGAAUUUAAACAAUUAAAACAAAAUAGGGCAAAACAAAUCACUCAUUCACAGUCGCUCUACACACUUCAGAAACAGAGAAAUAUUUUGAAUGAAUAAUAACUCAGAUUAAUCUCAAGUAACGUCAGAACGCUGCUUAAUGUCAUAUUUCGCUGCUUGGAAACUUUGGUGUAUUUUAUUUCUUUUGAUCCUGAAAACUAACCUGUUAUCUCAACACCCGUCUGAGUGCAACUUUUUUCUAAAUUUUAGCUUUAGCGCUUCUCUGUAUAUCUCUACGAGAACGGCUCGACAGAAUUCUUUUUAAAUCUCAUCACAUAAUCUUCACAGUACAUUCAAGACAAAACUAGCCUACGAACCGGGCAAAAAUCCGCGUUACAGGAUUCACUGUUUUGACGUUGUGCUUAUUUUUCCAAAUUAAGGCGGACCAUACAUACCUCCAUGACUAGUACAUUAUUUUAAGGUAUCAUAGCACAUUGUGUUUGAAGAGGUUUCUUUUACGCCGCGUAGACUUAUUUAGUUUUUUUCAAAAGCACAUUACAAUCAUCAUCAUCAUCAUCAUCAUCAUUAUCAUUUUAUUUAUUUAUUUAUUUAUUUUUAGUAUUAAUUUUUGCAGAAGACCCUGAUCUCGAGGGAAAGCUAACAAAGGAAGAAACCUGGGCGAUCAUCUUGGCCUCAUCUAUCACCAUGGUUCUCGUCAGUUCUAUCGCGUUUUUUCUGUGGCGUGGAAACCGAAGACUUAAGAAAGCGCGUGCGGCAGACCUGGCAGAGAGGUCAAGAACAAGGAAUAGUCACCAUGGUGCUCGGGUAUGUACCAACAGUUGUGAGAUGAGCACUUUUCUGAAGUUCAAACACCGCAGCGAUACAAUAAGCUAAACAAAUCGACAAGAAUGCUGUACUCUUAUCGACCAUAGCAACAACGUUAAAAAGUUCAAAAUUCAAGUUGAGUGCGAGCGGUUAGACUGCAAAGGUUUGAACAUUUUGACGUCAUUUUUAUGGUCGAUAAGAGUAUAGACCGUGAAAAAUUGUUGUUGAUUUGUUUGCUACAAUAAAAAAGACAGUUUCUGACGUUCAUUUCGGUUGAAGUUUCUUGGAAAAUCGCUAACCACAAGAUCGAGUUAAAUAAAUUGCGUUACCGCCAUCCCGUCAUUGCCAUGGUGUAUUUGACGGAUAUAUUUUUCAUGUUGCCGAGCGUCUCUUCACUACUAAUAGUGUUUUCACUCACGUGGCCUGCAUCUACGCAAAUUUAUUGAAACAAAAGAAAGCGUUUGCAUAAGAAAAGAGUUCAACCCCCAGAGGAUUGGUUUAGGACACCAACAUGGCCGCCGUUUCAUUGUUUUGGGACACCAAUAUGGCCGCCGAGACGUCAUGUGAAAACACUCUAUAGAUCACAGAUGACAUCAAAAUGGGGUAAGAGCAAAACAAAGUGGGACACGAGCCGCAGUUAUUUCAAAAAUGCACUUUUAAAGAGAAAGAUAUAGAAUACGCUUCAUACGUGUUGUCUCAUCAUCUCAUCAUCCCAAGGGGGCAAUUGUGGAAAAGUUCAAUCGUUUAAACUGCAGUCGGGUCACAGUUCCUCACGGACACAUCUCUUUACUGACAGUUUUCUUAGUCCCAAAGAAAGAGCGAUUUUCGUUCAGUUGACCUUAAUGAUCCCAUAACCUGGAUCUUUUAUAUUUCAGGUAAACCGCGCCGUGGAGGAAGAGAUCAUCGAAGAGAGACAACCUGGGACCGAGGUCAGGAUAGAACCGGAGAACAGAAACAACAACAGUCCCAAAGUAGUCGGAAACUAUCGUCCACAAUCGCAAACUGUCGGCGUACCCGAGGUUAUUGUUAGGCCCAAGCCAGAAGACGAGAGGAGCACACAAUUUUGAAUAAUAGUGUCUCGUUAGAUAAGGAAUCAUUUCGUACCUGAUCAGAGGAGGUUGGAGUUUUUGCCCUUUUUCUCCCGCUCAAACUCUAAAUUAUUCAAGUGCACAAGUCGGUCAACUAAACGCCUUUAUAACGAAAAUCGUCCCUCUCCAGUCCGAUCUUAUCGCUUUUUCUUCUUCGGGCCUGUUUUCAUGGAGAUGGGGAACCCCAGGUAGGUGAGGUAACCCGCUUCGGUGGGGUAACCUGCCUGUCCAUAUAC